AUGACUUACGACCGAUAUGUUGCCAUCUGCCAACCACUGCACUAUGACACAAUCAUGAACAGCAGAGCUUGUGUCCAAAUGGCAACUGGUGCCUGGAUCAGUGGGAUUCUCUACUCUGUGCUGCACACCGGGAACACGUUUGCAUUGACCUUCUUUGGAGGCAACAUGGUCGAUCAGUUCUUCUGUGAAAUCCGACAGCUACUGAAGCUAACCUGCUCUGACUCAUAUCUGAGUGAAGUUGGGGUUAUUGCAUUUAGUGUGUGUUUAGUCUUAGGCUGCUUUGUUUUUAUCAUUGUGUCAUAUGUUCAGAUCUUCAAAUCAGUACUGAGAAUCCCCUCUGUGCAAGGCCGGCAUAAAGCCAUCUCCACCUGCCUUCCUCACCUCACUGUGGUCUCCUUGUUUGUUUGCACUUGCAUCUUUGCCUACCUGAAACCCACCUCCAGCUCCACGUCUGCUCUGGAUCUUGUGGUGGCUGUUCUUUAUUCUGUAUUGCCACCAAUCGUGAAUCCAAUUAUCUACAGAAUGAGGAACAAAGAGAUCAAAGCUGCCCUGAAGAGACUGACUGGGUGUAGGUAA